CCAGAAAAUCAUCAAAUGGUGGCUCCAAAUAUUCAGAAGGACAUUGCUAAUUGCUUUUCAGAGGUCAUAGUGAAUUCUAUAAUCAAAGAAAUUCGUGGUGAUGUGUUUUGCUUGUUGGUUGAUGAAUCAGCUGAUGUUUCAGAUAAGGAACAAAUGGCUGUUGUUUUGCGGUAUGUUGAUAAAUGUGGAGUACUCAAAGAAAGACUUAUUGGUGUUGUUCAUGUUGCUGAGACGACAUCUGCAUGUCUCAAAUCUAAUAUUGAUAGUUUGUUUGAAAAGUAUAAAUUGAGAUGGAAACAAGUGAGAGGCCAAGGUUAUGAUGGAGCAAGCAACAUGAGAGGUGAGUUCAAUGGACUAAGAGCUUUGAUUAUGAGAGAGAACAGGUCAGCAUAUUAUGUCCAUUGCUUCGCCCACCAACUUCAGUUAGUCAUAGUGGCAGUCGCUAAAAAGAAUGAUGACAUUAGUGAUUUCUUUGAUAUGAUAUCUCUUCUUCUUAAUGUUGCUGGUGCUUCUUGUAAGAGAGAAGACAUGAUACGACAAAGUCAACAAGAGAGAGUGAAGAAAGCAAUAGGUAGUGGACAGAUUUCUACUGGAACAGGACUGAACCAGGAACAAUCUCUUCAAAGACCUGGCGACACUAGGUGGUGCUCUCAUUAUAAGACCCUUAAGAGUCUUAACAGCUUGUUCCCUUCUGUUAUUGAAGUUCUGCAGUAUGUUGAAAAAGAUGGCCCAAAUGAUAAGAAGAAACGUCAAGCUCGUGGCCUACUAGAUUAUCUUAAGGAUUUUGAUUUUGUGUUUCAUUUACACUUGAUGUUGAUGGUCCUGGGACAUGCAAAUUCUCUAUCACUUUGUUUGCAAAGGAAAGAUCAGGAUAUAUUGGAGGCCAUGUCAGAGGUAAAGUCAACCAAGCAAAAAUUUCAGCAAAUUAGAGAUGAUGGUUGGAAAUCUUUAUUGGAAAGCAUAUAUUCUUUUUGUGAAGAACAUAGUAUUCCUAAGUUGGAUAUGGAAGAAGAGUAUAUUGAUCGCCAUAAACCAAGAAAAAAGACAAACCGAACCAAUUACCAGCACUAUAGAUGGGAUUGCUUGAAUUCAGUUCUUGACUUGCUACUUAUCGAGUUCAAUGAUCGAUUUGGUGAAACAAAUUCUAAUCUGCUUACUUACAUGGCUACUUUUAGUCCCAAAGAUUCUUUUGCUGAUUUCAAAUUGGAGAGCUUGAUAGAAUUAGCUAAGCUGUAUCCUGAUGAUUUCAAUUCUGAUGAGUUGAAGGAUCUUGCUCAUGAUCUUCCUAUUUACAUGGACAAUAUUAAAGUUGAUGAAAGGUUUUCUGGACUGAGCACCAUUACUGAACUUGCCAAGCUGAUAGUGGAUACAAAGAAACAUCUGGCUUUUCCUUUGGUCUAUCGGCUUCUAAAGCUAGUACUUGUUUUACCUAUAGCCACAGCAUCUGUAGAGAGGUGCUUCUCAGCAAUGAAAACAGUGAAGACUUUAUCACGCAACCGUAUUGGCAACAAGUUUAUGAAUGACUGCAUCAUUUGCUUUGUUGAGCCUGCCUUUCUAGCAACAAUCCCAGACAAAGUUAUAAUAGAUCGCUUUCAAAAGAUGGAAAACCGCAACCGCAAAAUGCUUUUAUAAGAGGUAAACAUAUGUUAUGCCUAUGUAUACAUUGAUCUGUUACUUUGAUCUAUUAAACCAUAUCAACUUUCUAGUGUAUUAUUUGUUUA